GCAUCUCAUAAUCAAACACCAACAAACCAGCAAAAUGAUCCUCUCGCGCAUUCUUGCCCUUGGGGCCGCAGCUGUCGUGCCCGUAUUGGCUCUGCCUGGCGUCAAUGGCGAUGCCAUGCUCAACCUUUACAAGCGCCAAAUCUCCGACUCCGAGACUGGCACCAACAACGGCUAUUACUAUUCCUUCUGGACUGAUGGUGGCGGCUCUGUGAGCUACACCAACGGUGACGGGGGAAGCUACAGUGUCACCUGGCAGGACAGCGGCAACUUUGUCGCUGGCAAGGGCUGGAACCCGGGUGAGGGCCAGAGCGUGACCUACGACGGCACCUGGGAGCCCAGCGGUAACAGCUAUGUUUCCGUGUAUGGCUGGACCACCUCGCCUCUGAUUGAGUACUACAUCGUCGAGGCAUUCAGCACCUACGACCCUUCCAGCGAGGCAGAGGAGCUGGGCUCGAUUGAGAGUGAUGGCAGCACUUACAAAAUCUUCAAGACUACUCGGACCGACGCGCCCAGCAUCGAGGGUACUGCUACUUUCACGCAGUUCUGGUCUGUUCGCGCCGACCACCGCACCAGCGGCACGGUUACUGUGCAGAACCAUUUUGAUGCUUGGGCUCAGAGCGGCUUGGAGCUUGGCACCCACAACUACAUGAUCCUUGCUACUGAGGGAUAUCAGUCGAGUGGCUCGGCUUCUUUCACUGUCUCUUAAGUCCAUGACUUAUUAUUCUUUCGACUGAACAGUAUGAGCUGGAUCAUAUGUGAGCUACGGGUUGGUUUGGUACUGUGAAAGUAUUCAACAUGCUUGUGUACAUUAAAUGUGACCUUAGUCGAUGUUGCUUAGAAUAGAACACUGGUUGUUCUUAUGGUUUUGAUUUGAU